AUGCAAUGCCAGCUGGGAAUUGACGAGUUAUUUGCAAUUGAUGUUGGUAUCCAACCUGCCCACUCUUUGUCUCUGCACUUUGCUCUGGCCUGCCCACAGAACUUGAUACACAUCGAAUCUUCUUUUCUCAAACUUGAUCAAACCACUCAAGCAUUAGCCACCUUUGCCCUUGUGGAUCCAGUUGUUAUUGGGUAUCUGUGGAUUCUCCUCCAUCAUCACACCGUCCGGACUGCAGCGAUAGGCUUUCCUCCCGGCUAUAGGGGGAUUCACAACGCAUACACCCCCUCCCCCAGAUGUCCUCACUGUCACUAAAAGCUACCAUCCAUCCGGAUUAUGUCGACAAUACUUUUUUUUUACAAACAACCUGAAAAAUCAAGUUAACGGUCAUCUCUGAGCCGCCCCUGACAGACACGACGUGCGAUGGUUGGAACUGUUGAAGAGAGAGCCUUGAUUAGCCAGCUUCCCUUUUGGACUCAUGUUUAUCCCCGCGACCCUCUCUCUGCUUUUCUCUUUCUAGAAUAAUGUGUCCCUUUUGUUUCUCUCUCUCUCUUGCUCUUGGUAUUUAUUAAAGCAUCAACUUCACUCGAAUUUCACUUUCCUUGUUUCCCUUGUCCUUCAUGAGUUCAUCUCCUGCGUUUGCACUGACCCAUAUUUUGUGUGUAAGAAUGUAGGCUCCUUGAGUCUCUUCCAGCAUGUCAUAUAAUCAAAGUCGGAAUAUGGUCUUGUCAAUAAAUCCAAGCAGCCUCAUCGGGAUCUCUCUCCCUGUAUUAGUUUCUUUGCUUUCAUCAAUAAAGAA